AUGACAACAGUUAUGAGAUUCCUUGUUGAAUGGAAAGAAUCGAAUCUGCUUUGGGUUGGAAUGGACACGUUUGUUUAUUCGGUCAUUCUCGACGCUGAUAUGCGUUGGACGCCACACAUCAAGCUCGGAAAUCCACAUGCCAGUCAGAGAGUGAUGGCUGAUACUAAUGACAAAGUAAUCCUUGAGUAUGAAGGUCAGGUCACCUGGAGCUUUGUUUGGACAGUAGACACAAGGUACAAAAUUGACAUCACAUAUUACCCAUUUGACCGCCAAUAUUAUCUAAUCGACUUGGUCCUCUCCAGCGAUCUAGAAGAUUAUCUAAAUUUUGACCAUACCGUUCCUCAUCUCGCAUUAGACAACGGAAAUUGGAAACACAUAAAUACUUCAAUAUAUAAUUACACAAACUACAACACCAUGAAAACGCAUAUCGUUAUUGAAAACACAUUCGAUAGAAAAUCAGUAACACCUAUGCUAGUUUUCAUGGCUCCAGAAACUAUUCUCGUGUCAUUGUUGCCGUUAGUUUUUGUUCUUCCCAACGAUGGAUCGGAAAGACUCGGCAUCGCAGUGACCGUGUUGUUGGCGGUGUCCGUGUAUAUGACUCUGGUUGUCGACAAGCUACCAGACUCCUCCGAUCCGCUGCCGCUGAUAACAACUGUCUUCUUUGCCUGGCUUUGGAGAUCGGUUAGGCUUCUCUCACCUUCGUUGUUCUUACUUCAGGAGGCAAAGACGGACACACAGUCUACCGAGUGCCCGGGGAUUUUAGGAACGAUAAAUAUAAAUCGUUUACUGGAGAAGCACAAAGCUACGAAUGUUCGAAGGAGAGAUCUUAUUCAAACAUUCCGAAAGAAGCGACCGAAUGCAGACCUGGACUGCAUAAUUCUUUAUCUGGACAUUUCACCGGCUCAUAGGGCUGCAUCAACGCAACUGGAGAUAGCUGUCCUCGGAUUUGAGCUGUUAGAGUAUCUGUUUUACAGUCCUGACCUGGCCCCUAUGGACUUCCGCACUUUUCCGGACAUCAACGGCUAG